GACAUCUGAGAAAACAGAACGCAAACACAAGGAUGGCUCCAUUGAACAGCAGAAAACGUAAAGCAGGAGGGGAUGGCGUCUCCGCCCAGCAAAACGGGUCUUCAACAUCCUCUACAGGGCUUCAAUCCGACGCCAACGGCAUAAGUCAGGCUCACGUGCAAGAGCAUGGCGCAAACGAGGCGUCCCUUGACGAAGUUGCCAUGAAGGAGAUCGAUGCUCUAUCUGAGGAUGAACGCAAAUCAGAGGAUGAUCUGGCUGAGGAAAAUGUGCCAGACAUGGAGGAUGACGUUCCAAACUACACAGUCACCACAGACGCGAACGGGAACACGCGAUACAUCUACAAGGAAAUUGAUCCAGUGUAUGAUUCGGACGACUCAGAUGCCCAUGCUCCGAAAAACACGAUUGGAAACAUUCCUCUGUCGUUUUAUGAUGCUUAUCCACAUAUUGGAUACGACAUAGACGGCAAGAAGAUCAUGCGACCAGCCACUGGUCAGGCCCUCGACGCUUUACUCGACAGCAUCGAGAUACCGCAGGGAUGGACGGGACUUACGGAUCCAUCGACAGGCAAGCCGCUGGAGUUGAGUCAGGAGGAGCUGGAGGUGCUCAAGAAGAUCACGCGAAAUGAGAUCCCCGAAGAAGGUUACGACCCUUACCCGGAGAUGAUUGAAUACUUCACCAGCAAGACGGAAAUCAUGCCGCUGAGCGCAGCCCCGGAGCCAAAGCGAAGGUUCGUGCCAUCGAAACACGAGGCGAAACGAGUCAUGAAGAUUGUGAAGGCGAUCAAGGAAGGACGAAUCAAGCCUUACAGGCCGCCCGAGGAGCAAGAGGACGAGGACGACAAAGUAAUCAACUACGACAUCUGGGCCGACGAAGCCCCACGACCAGAUCACAUUAUGAGAAUACCUGCGCCCAAGCUGCCUCCUCCUGGCUAUGAAGAAAGCUACCACCCGCCGCCUGAGUAUCUGCCCGACGAAGAGGAAAGAAAAGCAUGGGAAGCAACAGAUCCAGAGGAUCGAGACAGGGACUACCUCCCGCAGGACUUUGGCGCUCUUCGAAAGGUUCCCGGCUACGACAACGUCAAGCUCGUUUUCGAACGAUGCUUGGAUCUAUACCUCGCUCCACGCGUGCGGAGAAGCAAGCUCAACAUCGAUCCCGAAUCUCUGCUGCCCAAACUUCCAAGCCCAGAUGAGCUCCGGCCGUUCCCGACGGUGUGCGCCGAUCUGUUCAAAGAGCAUGAAAGCCGAGUGCGAUCUAUCUCUGUUGACCCGAGCGGCACGCUGGUUGCAAGCGGCGGCGACGACGGCCACGUUCGCAUUUGGGAGAUUUUGACAGGACGUCAAGUCUGGAGCAAGCGCCUGUCGAGCGAAGACGCCGUUGAUGUCGUCAGUUGGCGACCAGGCACCGAAGCGGUGAUCCUUGCCGCUGCAGCAGCUGAGCAUCUGUUCUUCAUCCUUCCUUACUCAGUCCACACGGUGAACCCUGAAGUCGAGGUUACCAGCCGAGAGAUCAUAGACUCCGGCUUCGGGUAUUCGGCGAACAAGCCUUCCACAGAGACCAACAUCCACAAAGAACCAGCCGCACGCUGGGCACGGCCAUCAGCAGACCUCGUGGACGACGGCGUUCUUCUUCAGGCGACUCUGCGGGCACCGAUCAAGGUGAUAACGUGGCACCGCCGCGGCGACUACUUCGCAACAGUUGCACCCAAGGGCGCAUCGCACGCCGUUGCGAUCCACACCCUUUCCAAGCACCUCACGCAACUUCCCUUCCGGAAACUCAAGGGCCUGCCACAAACGGCUCAGUUCCACCCUUCAAAGCCCAUCUUCUUCGUUGCCACCCAGCGGACCAUCCGCGUUUAUGAUCUCAGCAGACAGCAGCUCGUUAAGAUCCUGCAGCCUGGUGCUCGAUGGCUGUCGAGCAUAGACGUCCACCCAGGCGGCGACAACCUCAUCGCUGGAUCCUACGACAAGCGCCUGCUUUGGCACGACAUGGACCUGUCGACCAAGCCGUACAAGACCCUACGCUACCACGAAAAGGCCAUUCGCAGCGUCAAGUUCCACCAGGGAGGGUUCCCACUGUUUGCCGAUGCCAGCGAUGACGGAACAGUGCAGGUCUUCCAUGGCAAGGUUGUCGCUGAUCUGAUGGAGAAUGCAACUAUCGUGCCGCUGAAGGUGUUGAAGGGACACAAGGUGAAUGGACAGCUUGGCGUAUUGGGCCUGGAUUGGCACCCGAAGCAUCCUUGGUGUGUCAGUGCUGGAGCGGACGGCAGCUGCAGGGUGUGGUGUUGAGUUUUUCUUUUUACCCUUUUUUUUUGUCGUUCGAUCUAGAGUUAGCAUUCAGAGCCUCAUGUUCUACACAACAAUUAUAGCGAAGUAGCUCUUCUAUUUCAUUCCUUUUCUCUGAGGUGAGAAUGGCGUGUACAUAGAGUCAGAAGGCCUGCAAAAUGAGAAAAAAAAAUUAUGGAC